AUGCCUAGGUCAAAUUCGGUUUUGAAUUGCUGUAAACCACCCAAACUUUACAAUGACACGCAAACGGCUGUGGAACCACAAAGAAAUGACGAACACACCAGAAAAAGUGUCAAGCAUUCAAAAGUUACAGUGCAGAAGAUCCUCCUCCUAGGCACUGGCGAAAGUGGUAAAAGUACUUUUCUCAAGCAGAUUCGUAUUAUUACGGGUAAAUCCUUUACGGAUACGGAGAUGGGAGCUUUCAAGUCGCUUAUCUAUGAUAAUAUAUAUACUGGUGUAUUAUACUUGCUUCAGGCUCGUAGUACUCUUGGUAUCGCUUGGACAGGGAGUGGAGGUAAGGCCGCUGUGGCUGCAAAGCAACUUGAGGAACACUUUCGCCGAAAUCAAGCGCUGCGCCGCGAGCACAGUCUCCGCUGUAACGGGGUGUUUCCCUGGUCAGAGAAGGAGUUUCUUGAGCUCGCACCUCUCUUUCACGCCAUUUGGUCCGAUUCCAGUAUUCACACCGUCUUCAAUCAACGAAACCGUUUCAUCACAGAAGGCUUUAGCGAAAAUACGCGCUAUUACCUCAAUCGUCUGCAACGGAUUGCCACUCCGGACUACAUCCCUACACACGAGGAUAUAGUCUGGUCACGCCGCCCUACAGAUUCUAUUAUUGAAGAGGAAAUCAUGGUUCAUGGAACACCCUUCGUCUUCAUCGAUGUGGGUGGGCAGACGAAAGAGCGUCGGAAGUGGUGCCAGACCUUUACUGAUAUGGUAGCCAUCCUCUUUCUUGUGGGCUCUUCCCACUACGACGAGCUCUACAUCGAUCGAGUGACCGGCGAGUGUCGAAACAAACUCCGAGAGGCGAUGACUGUUUUCGAGGGUCUCAUCAACUAUGACGCCUUCCGUCGAGUCUCCAUAAUCAUCUUCUUCAACAAGAGCGACCUACUCAAGGAGAAGAUUGAGGCUCAUAUUUCCGGGAUCCGUGCACAUUUUCCAGAGUUUCCUAAUGAUGAAGACGAGUUUAAUCUCGUUGCGGUGCAAAAGUUCCUUGUGGAAUCCUUCGCUUCUUUGAUAGAUCCUGUUGUGUAUUCAUCCGGCACGGAAUCAACUUAUACAUCUUCAGGAUCCCGACAUAACCGAUCGCAUUGGUUUCGAAUAAGGAGUUCGAAACUGCGGAGAGAAAUGGGUUUGAGUGUUUCUCUCAACUCCACGUCCUCACGACGAAGAGUUCUUUCAAAUGUGGUUCCCAGAAGGAGAAAUAUUUAUCGGCACUUUACAACGGCUGUUGAUAAGAAGAACAUUGAAAUGGUUUUUAAUGCAAUGCAAGAUACCAUUCUUCAAAAUAACCUGCGACGCCUGAUGCUAAGCUAA